UUUUUGUUUUUUGUUUUUUUUUAUUAACUUGAGUAUUUCUUAUAUACAUUUCGAGUGUUAUUCCCUUUCCCGGUUUCCGGGCAAACAUCCCCCUCCCCCCUCCCCUAAACUAGCGUUUUUAACUUGGUAGUUGUACCCAGGGCUCUUACCUGUGGUUCUAUUUAACAAGUUUUGUUUGAUCUAGGGAUUAACGUUGGAUGGGCAAGCAUCAAUUUUACAGAAGGAAAACCAGAUUUAAAGAAGAGGGAACCGAAGUGAUUUAGGACAUAAAGGCUCUCCCCCCCCCUAAAAUCCUUAUCGGAAAAGGUAUGCAGAAAAUUCCUUUUUUUAUUUUUCAUUUUUAUGUGCAUGGUUGUUUUAUCUGCACCUAUGUCGAUACACAUGCCAGGUGCCAGCAGAGGCCAGAAGAGGGCAUUGGAACUCCUGACACUGGAGUUCCUGACGGCUGAGGAUCGAAUCUGUGUCCUACCCAUGAGCAGCCAGCAAUCCUAACAGCCCAGUGACCUCUCCAGACCCGCAAAUUCUUUUCCAGCAGCUCCGGUGAGCGGGGAACGGAUCAGAACAUCUCUGGAACAUUGCUCCAGUGACAUACACCUGCGCUCACACUCGUUCGGUCCAAACAGUCUUUGUUACUCUCAAGCUAGGACUUGCUGCACCGGAGCCACGCCUCGCGCAGGGGGCAGCGGGGAGGAGCCGGGGAGGGUGGCAGGGUGGCAGCCCGACCCGCUCCACCUUUCUCUCUCCGGAGCCCCGCUGGCCCCGCCCCCGGAGCGCCCACCUCGAGAACGCGGCGUGUUGGCCCGCGCGCCCCGUCGCGGGCCAGUUCCCGGGCAUGCGCGCUGCAGCGCCCUCACCCCCCUCCGCCGACCCGCCGCUGCAGAGUUAUGCCAAGUAUGUGAGGAGCUGGCGAGGACCGGCCGCGGUCAUGGAGAGCCGCCGCCUCCGCCCGCGCGGGACUCGGAGCCCGCCCCGCGCCCAGGGCGAGCCGGGCUGCUGAGGCGGCGCGCAUGGCGGAGCCCCUGCGGAGGACGCUCGGCUAGCUCCGAGAGCGGCGCGGUCCCGGGGUGCUCGGGCUGCACGCGGACGCCGUGGCGGCCUCGCUCUCCGAGGGACGCUCGCCGCUCCGAGAGCUCGUGGUCCCCGGCAUGGAGCGGCGGGCGUGGGGGACCUGGGCGCGCUCCGAGCAGCUAGGCGCGCGGGUCCCAUGGUCUCGCGGGGCUCAGGAGGCCGCCGCUCUGGGCCGCGCGCUUACUUGCGCUUCCCCAGGCACGGAGGGCAGUGGCGACGACGGGGAGGACGAGGGCGCCGACUACUACGAGAACCUGCCCGCGGGCUGCGCGCCCGAGGGGGCGGAGGCGCUGCGGGCCUCGCCUUCGCAAGCGGCGGGCUCCUCCCCGGGGAUGGAGGGCGGCCGCCAGGAGACAGGCAGGCUGCAGACCCAGUUGCGAGAGGCCUAUUAUCUGCUGAUCCAGGCCAUGCACGACCUGCCCCCUGACUCGGGCACGCGGCGGGGCGGACCCGCGGGAGCCCAGGCUCAGGGCCAGCAGCCGCCUCUCCCCCGCGGCGCAGCCGUGCGCCGAGCCUGCAGCCCCCGAGGCGGCGACCGCCCUCCGCAGCAGGUGUCCCCGCCCCGGUCGUCUCCGACGGAGUCUAGAGUGGGACGGCCUCCCAGUCCUCGGAUGCAGCUGUCCAGUUGCAGAAGUCUCGAGAGCCUCCGCGUGAGCCCGCAGCCGCCUCUGUUCCAGCGGUGGGCGAGCGACAGCUGGAUCAGGUGCGGCGCGCACAGGGACAGGGAGGAGCCCCAGCCACGUGGAGGUGGGAUGGACGGCUGGAGCCGGGGCAGCCACAGGGCUGCUACGUCCGCUGCUCUCCUGCCUCCCUUCUGCCAGGACCCCAGCCGGUCCUCGGGACGUCCCUUUAAGGAUCCUGCGGGGACCUCUGUGAUAUCCUGCAGCCAAGAGGACCAUCCCGAGGAGCUUCCCCUCCUCAAGCCACCUGCGGUGACUGUCAAGAAACUGCAGAAGUGGAUGUAUAAAGGACGACUGUUGUCCCUGGGGAUGAAGGGUCGCGCUCAUGGGACAGCACCCAAAGUUCCCGGAGCUCAGGCAACCUCUCCAAAUUUGGGCAGUUGGAAAGUGCAUGAAAACCACGUCCUCUCGGUGACAGCGGACCAAAGAAUCACACUGACAGCAGACUUAUUCGAGAAUGUCUGUGGGUCUCCACUGAAGAAACGAGACCCUGGAGGUGGAAGGGGUAACACCGAGCUUAGUGGUCACCAGGCCCUGAACAACAUCACUGUUUCAAAGAAACGCAAUUGGCUGUAUCAGAGCCCUCUGAGGUCUCCCAGUCUGGACAGACAUUAUUCCUCCCUCUCCCCCGUGUCUCCGCCCAGGCAUCGGCUCCCGCAGCCUUUCUGUAAACCCCACAGAGAACCCUGCAUGCACGCGGUGUGUAACGCCGCCGGUUCUCCGUCAUCCAGAAACGGCUCUUCAGCCUUCAGUGAGGACGACGCCGAUGACGAAGGAGAAAUAUGGUAUAACCCCAUCCCCGAGGACGACAGCCUGGGCAUAGCACACGUCUUGAGUCUGGAGGAGGCAAACGCCGCUGCCCUGAAGCUCCCUGCCGUCCGUGUGAGCAUGUUGUCUGCUAGAGACCUGGCGAAGGCAGAGACUCGUAGUGAAGACUUGCUGUGUCCUACCCAACACCGAGGUGACGUCCAGACCUCACAGUCAAAUGGAAUUAAUUCUGUCGAUUCCAUUCAUUCUACAGACAUUGUGCAGCCAUGCAGACAGAGAUUAGGACACAGGACACAGGAGAGCCUGACGGCAGAGGACAGCCCCGGGUUGAAAUCUGCUUUUACAGGUCCCGGGAUCUUAGUCUCUACAAAUAGGACUGAACUGAGAGCUCUGGAGCCACCUUCUCCAAGCCCCAGCCCCGUGAAGAAAGGCAGCUCCAUUACCUGGUCUUUACCAGACAAAAUAAAAUCUCCACGCACUGUGAGGAAACUCUCUAUGAAAAUGAAAAGGUUGCCUGAGUUCAGCCGGAAGCGGGGUGCCAGGGGAGCCUUGCACUACACCAACAGUCCAGACAGGACCCCUCCUUUGUCUAAGUGGUACUAUGGAGAAGGUCCUCAGAGUGUACUUCUGCCUUCCGGGAACCCAGCCAGCAACGUAAUAAGCCGGUACCACCUUGAUACCACUGUGUCCUCUCAACACAGCUACCAGAAGAAACCCCUCGGGAGCUCCAGGUAUCCCUGUAAGGGUGGGUACCUCAGCGACGGAGACUCACCCGAACUUAGAACUAGAUCUAGCAAGCAUGGAUCCGAGCACAGACUUGGGAAAGGGAGAGAAGCCGUUCCAAGCGGUUGUAGCAAAAAUGAAAUAGACGUUGGUGCCUUUAGACAUUACAGCUUCUCGGAUCAACCCAAGUGCUCCCAGUACAUAUCCGGACUCAUGAGCGUGCACUUUUAUGGAGCAGAGGGUUUAAAACCGCCCCGGAUAGACUCCAAAGAUGUCUUUUGUGCCAUUCAGGUUGACUCGGUAAACAAAGCCAGGACAGCUCUGCUCACCUGUCGAACGACGUUCUUGGACCUGGACCACACUUUCAACAUAGAGAUCGAAAAUGCACAGCAUUUGAAACUGGUGGUGUUCAGCUGGGAGCCCACUCCCAGGAGGAACCGUGUGUGCUGUCACGGCACGGUCGUCCUGCCAGCUUUGUUCAGGGUGACAAGAACACAUCAGCUGGCUGUCAAGCUGGAACCCAGAGGGCUCAUUUACGUCAAGGUAACCUUGAUGGAACAGUGGGAGAAUUCUCUCCACGGCCUGGAUAAGAACCGAGAAUCAGUGAUGUUUGGAGUUGACAUCCAAAAAGUUGUAGAAAAAGAAAACGCAGGCUUGAUGGUGCCGCUGCUGAUACAGAAAUGUAUCAUGGAGAUUGAAAAGAGGGGCUGUCAGGUUGUAGGCCUGUAUCGAUUGUGUGGUUCAGCAGCUGUGAAGAAAGAGCUUCGAGAGGCUUUUGAGAAGGACAGCAAAACUGUCGGUCUGUGUGAAGACCAGUACCCAGAUAUAAAUGUAAUAACAGGUGUUCUGAAGGACUACCUGAGAGAACUCCCUUCUCCCCUAAUAACGAAGCAGCUGUACCAGGCCGUGUUAGACGCCAUGGUGAAGAGUCCUUUGAAAAUGUCGUCGAAUGGCUGUGAGAACGAGUCCAGUGACUCCAGGUUUACUGUCGACCUACUGAACUGCCUGCCAGAUGUUGAGAAGGCAACCCUAAAGAUGUUGUUAGAUCAUCUGAAACUGGUGGCUUCUUACCACGAAGUGAACAAGAUGACCUGCCAGAAUUUGGCCGUGUGCUUUGGACCAGUGUUGCUUAAUCAGAGGCAAGAGACGUCGACGCACAACAACAGAGUCUUCUCCGACUCUGAAGAGCUUGCGAGUGCUUUGGACUUUAAGAAGCACAUCGAAGUUCUUCACUACUUGCUCCAACUCUGGCCAGGCCAAAAACGAAGACUGUUAGUAGCUAACGCUGUAUGACCCUCAGGUAACUGCUGGCCAGGCCCAGUAUUCAUGCGUUUUUAUCAGAGUGGAAGCCGGGCUGCUUGGUAAAUGGUGACACACUGCUAACUACUGUCAAGAAGCCCACUAAGGUCAGAGCUAGAGUGACCACUUUAGAUGCCUUUGCCUCGGCUAGAUGUCUGUACAAAGGGAUCUCUUAUUCCCCGCUGUUUACACACCGUGCCUUGCCUGCUUUUUCGCUGUAGUCUUUAAUGUGAGAGAAGCUACUCGCUUAGAAUUACAGCUAGAUAGCAAUUAACUUGCACAGAAAAUUAAUCAACGUUGAGUUUUAUGGGGGAUGUUAUUGUUUAACAUGAAGUAGCACCACCGAACGUUGUACUGCGUGGUACGCCUAAUCCUAAUUAUACGUGGCAGUAGAAGAAUUACCAUGGGACCUUUCAGUAGAACGCAUGUCUCUGUCACGCGCAUGUUUGUAGUUGAUUAUCAAAUGGCUUCAUUGUCUGCUCUGUCUUCUUAAGGCUGUCACUAAAGUACAUGCAUUGUUCACUUCUAGUGCAGUGUCUAACCGUCAAGGAACCCAGAGACAGUUUGUGCCUGGAGCAGUCGUCUUCUCUGAAUUACUUGAGGCGAAAGAAAGAGCGACCGUGUGUGUUGAAUCUGAGCGGUUCAGAUUCAUCAGGGGUGCUGAGGCCAAGGCAGGCCCGACUGGAUAGCCCACUCAGUAACCGCUACGCAGGGGACUGGAGCAGCUGUGGGGAGAGCUACUCUUCAAGUACAACAGAAAAUUUCAAGGAUUUGGAUUAUGAUGACGUUCCCUUAGAAGAUGGAGACGGUAGAGACUAUGGCAAAAUGGAUAGAGUGGACGGCGUGACUGAGCCACGAGUCCCCGUGUCAGGAGGGUGCACGUUUCAGACGUACUUGACGGUGCAGACCAUCGAGUCCACAGUGGAUCAGAAAGCUAACCUCAGAGAUCUGCAAGAGAGCAUUGACACUUUGAUUGGCAAUCUGGAACGUGAGCUCAGCAAAAACAAGCUGAAUAUGAGUGUUUGAGGCGGAGGGGUUGUUUGAUUUGUGAUGAUGUUUCCAUGUCAAGCCUUCUUCCUUACACACACACACACACACACACACACACACACACACACACACACAGACACACACACACACACACACACAGUGUUGGAACCUUAAGUUAAUUCCUAAUAAGUUCAUGUAAUUCAGUUGUAAUCACUAUUCAUUGAUAUGUUUAUUUACUUAUGAACGGAACUGUUCCGGGCAUAAAGGUGAUCCAGACUUUGGGGGCUAUUUCAGUAGACCUUGGCAGCUGCAUGGAGGAGACAUGCAGACGUCUGUAAGGGUCAAGUUCGUUAUUCCCAGGCAAGGCUUUGGUGGGAGCUGUUCUGUAGGUGGACACAGAUGUUCUCUGCUGAGGACACUGCAACUGGACAGGCCGAUUCGCAGUCAGAGUCCUUGUGCAAUGUCAUUUGGUCAUGUUUCAUUUGCAAUAUGAAUGCUGCUAUAAGAAAAAAGUUUUUAUAAACGUAAAAUUAUACAGGUGUUAAUGCAUUCUGUAUUAACGUUCAGUAAUUAUUUAAGCUUAUAAAAAUUAUUUUUAUGAAUUUGAGAAUAUAUGUAUAUUUAUAACUUCAUUAUGAAUCUGAGAAUAUGUAUAUAUUUAUAACUUCAUUAUGAGUCCGAGAAUAUGUAUAUAUUUAUAACUUCAUUAUGCAUGUAGGUUUUAGAAUGGGGGAAGGGGUUGACUGUAGCAUUCCACAUAUUUUAAAAACAAGGCCAAAAUGACUAGCUUUAGAAUCUCUUUCAGGGAAGGAAUGUUUAAGUGAAAAGGACAAGUCACACAGACACCACUUGAAUGAAAACACUCUAGAACUGUUGGAGGAGGGGCAGCGACAGCCUUUCUGUUCUUGCUUUAUAGACACUGUAUCCCUGUGGAAAGUUAGAUUUUAUGUUGACAUCCUUCAGCUGCAGAAGGGAUCCGGUGACUUCAGAAGACUUCACCCGUUCCGUGCCUCUCUGUGUCCUGGGACACUCUCAGUAUUUAUUUAUAGUGGCAUACUUAAGACGUUGACUUCACUAGUUGUCCUUGUUUCUAAAGAAGAUGUCUUGCCGGGAUGCCACGUGUCACAGAUGUUUAAAACUUUUAUACUUACAGAAUGUGUAAUUUUAGAAGUAUAACGGAAACUUGAGUUACCAAGUGUGACAGCCAUAAGGAAGCCCGUUUCUUACUGCUUUUCUAAAUAUUCAGGUACUUAGUGUAACCACUUCUAUGCAGUGCCUAUAACAUCCAGGUAAUUUGAAAGCCCGUUGGUAUGAAGAAAAAUAACUAUUUUUAUGAGACUUUCAUUUUUUUUUAAAACGUUGUGUAACAAAUACCAGAGACGAUGAAGUCGGUGUACAUCACGAGUAAACAGAGUAUUUUUAAAUGUUUUGUAGAGGAAGUUAUUCGUGCCUUUUGUUUGCUAUGUCGUGUAUAAUACAUAAAUGUAAAUGCUUUAUUAAAAUAUUACUACCAUG